AUGAAACGGCGACGGCGUGCUGGGGGUGAGCCGCUUCCUAAUCUUGCGAUUUACUUGGAGGAGGUCAAGUACUAUCUCACUGAUGUGCUUCAUGAUGAUUGGCAGGGGCUGCUCAAGCUGGCGGCAAGCAACAUCGACCCUCUGAUCUUGGUGCCCGAGGAAGUACAGCUGGAUCCGCGCACGGAGGAUGCCAUCGGGUCUAUGUAUGCGAAGCACAUACUGACCCCACGCACUCGCAAGUGCAAGUGUCCACUCAUACUUGUCAUCGAGCAGCCGACAGAGAUGCAGCGCCAGCUGAUGUACCAGGUGGAACGUCUACAGUUCCUUUGUAAAGGAAGAGCAACAGUGUUUCCAUACCCUGAGCUUACUCGUGAACUGAGAUGGAAGUUUCAACAAAAGAGCUUGAAAGCUGUGGACAUGCUAGACUUGGUGUCGCCGUACUAUGAUUUUGUCGGGGAGAGAGAGCCGCAGUGGGUGCACCAGAUCUUGACCGUGGCGAACACGCCAGAGUUGGUGUCGCCGUUCUAUAAUGCUGUUGCGCAAACCUUGCCGCGACCGAUCGAACAAGCGAUUGACAAGUCGCUCUUUGCUCGAUCUGCCGCUGUGGCGAUGCUCUUCUCUGAUGAAAGGGGCGAUUUUAUCUGGCAUGUGUGGGAUGCUGAGAAGGAUGGAGGCCAAUGGACUUGCCCGGGUGGUGAUGUGAUACGCAAAGUGGAUGGAGACUUGCUGGGCACAGCGCAAAGAGAAUGGAAUGAAGAGGUGUUGGGAUUUGAGUUUGAAGCAAUCCGCGAUUCUCGUGUGGAACCUGUCGUGCUGCCCUUCCUGGCAAAUGAGAGCGCGCGGUACCCUGUGCAAACAUAUGUCUAUGCAAAGGCGACAGCCGAGUUCUUUGAGUCCACACGUGCCGGAAGAGAUCGCUUUCGGUUUGAAAUUCCUCCGCAUUCAGUCCGGUAUUCAAGUCGACUGGGAAGGGACGAGUACUACAUGUUGAACACAGAUCCGACCUUGGUUUUCGUGGAGCAUGAUUGGGGAGUAUGGUCCCACAUCAAGGCAGAUGGCCCAGAAGUCCCCAAAGGGGAGGGACCGCCCGGCAGAAAGGUGCGUUGGGAGAAUGUUGAGGCACUGAAAGUGCAUUGGCCACACAUCUCAGAGUUGUUCUUGAGCCAGUCACCUCUUUGCCAGACUGCUCAAGCUAAAGGCAAAAGAAAACGAAAGGCAACCCGACGCUUUCAAGGAAGAGCUGGAUAA